UCGCGAUGGCGGCCCCCAUGGACCGGAGCCCCGGCGGCCAGGUGACCCGGGCGCUGCGGCGGGCGCUGGCGUUGGCCUCGCUGGCCUCGCUGGCCGGGCUAUUGCUGAGCGGCCCGACGGGCGCUCUCCCCACCCUGGGGCCCGGCUGGCAACGCCAAAACUCCGAUCCUCCCGUCUCCCGCACCCGCUCGCUGCUGCUGGACGCCGCGUCGGGCCAGCUGCGCCUGGAGGAUGGCUUCCACCCCGACGCGGUGGCCUGGGCCAACCUCACCAACGCCAUCCGCGAGACCGGGUGGGCCUAUCUGGACCUGAGCACAAAUGGCAGCUACAAUGACAGCCUGCAGGCCUAUGCAGCUGGUGUGGUGGAGGCCUCUGUGUCCGAGGAGCUUAUCUACAUGCACUGGAUGAACACGGUGGUCAAUUACUGCGGCCCCUUCGAAUACGAAGUCGGCUACUGUGAGAAGCUCAAGAGCUUCCUGGAGGCCAACCUGGAGUGGAUGCAGCGGGAGAUGGAGCUUAGCCCGGACUCUCCAUACUGGCACCAGGUGCGGCUGACCCUCCUGCAGCUGAAAGGCCUGGAGGACAGCUAUGAAGGCCGCUUAACCUUCCCAACUGGGAGGUUCACCAUCAAACCCUUGGGGUUCCUCCUGCUGCAGAUUUCUGGAGACCUGGAAGACCUAGAGCCAGCCCUGAAUAAGACCGACACCAAGCCUUCCCUGGGCUCCGGUUCCUGCUCUGCCCUCAUCAAGCUGCUGCCUGGCGGGCAUGACCUCCUGGUGGCGCACAACACGUGGAACUCCUACCAGAACAUGUUACGAAUCAUCAAGAAGUACCGGCUGCAGUUCCGGGAGGGGCCGCAAGAGGAGUACCCCCUGAUUGCUGGCAACAACUUGGUUUUUUCGUCUUACCCGGGCACCAUCUUCUCCGGCGAUGACUUCUACAUCCUGGGCAGUGGGCUGGUCACCCUGGAGACCACCAUCGGCAACAAGAACCCAGCCCUGUGGAAGUACGUGCAGCCCCAGGGCUGUGUGCUGGAGUGGAUUCGGAACAUCGUGGCCAACCGCCUGGCCUUGGAUGGAGCCACCUGGGCAGAUGUCUUCAAGCGCUUCAACAGCGGCACGUACAAUAACCAGUGGAUGAUUGUGGACUACAAGGCCUUCAUCCCCGGCGGACCCAGCCCUGGAAGCCGGGUGCUUACCAUCCUAGAACAGAUCCCGGGCAUGGUGGUGGUGGCCGACAAGACUGCGGAGCUCUACAAGACGACCUACUGGGCUAGCUACAACAUCCCGUACUUUGAGUCUGUAUUCAACGCUAGUGGGCUGCAGGCCCUGGUGGCCCAGUACGGAGAUUGGUUCUCCUACAACAAGAACCCUCGAGCCAAGAUCUUCCAGAGGGACCAGUCACUGGUGGAGGACACAGACACCAUGGUCCGGCUCAUGAGGUACAAUGAUUUCCUUCACGAUCCUCUGUCGUUGUGUGAAGCCUGCAGCCCGAAGCCCAACGCGGAGAACGCCAUUUCUGCCCGCUCUGACCUCAACCCCGCUAAUGGCUCCUACCCAUUUCAGGCCCUGCGUCAGCGCGCCCAUGGUGGCAUCGAUGUGAAGGUGACCAGCUUUACACUGGCUAAAUCCAUGAGCAUGCUGGCAGCCAGCGGCCCCACGUGGGACCAGUGUCCUCCAUUCCAGUGGAGCAAGUCGCCAUUCCACAGCACGCUGCACAUGGGCCAGCCUGAUCUUUGGACGUUCUCACCCAUCAGGGUCCCGUGGGACUGAGAAUCUGCCUCCGCCCAGCUGCCUUCAUUUUGUGUGGCCAGUGGGGUCACACACCUGCCGUCCACCCCCGGGGUCCUGUCUUCACUAGACUCUGAUCCUAGCGGCUUUCUUCACAAGGUUACAACCCAAUGGGCUCGGAGCUGACUCGGUCCCCGAGCCCUCUGCCCCUUCAUGGCUCUUCCUCCCUGUCCCUGUCACCAGCAGGCUAGGGCUUACGCUUGGCUGUGGGCCUGGUGGGGUCCUGGGUAGCAUUCUCCUAGUGCUGGUCCUUCAGCAUGCUUGUGAACUGAUUGGGGACAUUAUGGUUGUCACUACUGGCCUGCGGGCCUGUCACCUUGGGGGGGCAGCCCCUGUGUCCCCUUCUCUGGGCAGCUUCCCUAAGUGCAGGAGCUUGAAAACAAAAAUCAAAGCUUCUGGCUGCUUGUAGCUGGAGGGUCUUGAGUUCUUUCAGCAGGAGGGAUGGACCAUCACCCCAUCCUCCUACCCCUACAGCCAAGCCCGCCUCUGGCCUCCUGGUAGGUGUCCCCGGUUGUGUGCCAUGGACAGCAAAGCCCAGGCCAUGCUUCUGUUAAAUGGGCCUUGUGGGGCAGUGAUACACCCUGUCAUCCACUGCUGUUUCCUUUCACCUGUCCUUUCUCUCUGUGUUGGUCCACACAUCUGUCCAUCUGCAUCAACAGCCACCUGCCUGUCUGUCCACACCUGUCUACUGUCUGCCUCUCCAUCUGUCCAUCCUCACCCGCUCACCCACCCGUCCACCCAGAACCGCACAUCUCUUUCCUUUGGCUUUGCUCUCAGUGUGGUCUUGAACUUGUGGCUGCCUGCCUUCACUGCUCACAUGCUGGAUUACAUGUAUGGACCACCGUGCCUUUUUCCUGUUUUUCAUCAGUCCACCCAUCUGUCUGUUCCUCUAUCUCUUCGGAGGUCCAUUUAUCCCUGUUAGUCUUUCUGCUCAGCAUCUGUCUCAAGUGUAUUCUGGGUCCUAGUCUGCCCCGUCCUGCUAAUCACUAAGACCCUAAAUCCUAGACCCAGAGACCCACGUGAAACCAAGUCCCCUGUGUGGGGCCUAGAGAGCUCACAGCCUAUGAACCCUGAGACGCGUGCGUGGCUUUACCCCAGCCAGCCCAAGCCUGCUGUGUGUUCUGAGUUUCGUUGGUAGUGGGGAUUGCGUUUUCUGUGUCAGGUUCAUGUCACCAUCCCUGCCCUGAAGGCAAGUGUGCAGGGUCGGUUUUCCACACACCGGGGUGGGACCGUAGGUGUUUUCAGGAUGUCCUUCUGUGACUUCAUACAUUAACAUGUGGUGGCCUUGCCUACGCGUCUCCCAGCUGCUUUGUGCCCCACCCUAGGUCCCUGUGUGGCUUAGCUGUGGUCCUCUCUCCUGACUUAUGAAUGUGUGGGUCCCACUCUACAGCAGUUCGCUGGAGACCCAAGUCCCCAGAGAGAGGGGAACAGCGUUCCUCUGAGAGCCGGGGAAGGUGUGACUGGGUGGAAAGGAGACUGAGCAAAGCAAGGAGCCAACAUCCUUCCCAGCACUCAGAGGAUGAGGCAGGAGGAUCUCCAGUUUGAGGCCAGCCAGCGUGGGCUGCACAAAGACCCAUGUCAAGAACAAAGCUCAAAAGAUCUCUUUAUAAA